GAUCGGAGCCCGCCCAGAGGCUGUGAUUAAAGUCGCCUGUCCCAGUGCCUGGUGCGGAAAGGGCCGGUGUAGCUCCCUGGCUUUGCCCCUAAUGGGGACCAGGAGUUCUGCCCGGUGUCAGGCAUCUGGAGCCUCAGAAAGCAACUUGGGGGGGUGGUCAGCGCCCACAGCCAGGCAGGGUGUGUGUGAGUGUGUGUGCAGGUGGGGUGGGGCCCGGAAGCCCCAAGCCCAGCCUCCCAUCUUGUGCUCUGACUCCCCCGCUCUGGCCUUUCAGAAGUGGCCGCCAGGGCUGAGCUGUGACCCCAGGCCCCGAGGGACAGGAACAGUCUGUACUGGGCUGAGGUUCCCAGGCUCGGCCAGCCUCCUCUGGGGUGACAAGGGGUGAGCUCCAGCCCUGGCCUAGGCCGGCCCAGGAGCCUCAGGGUCCUUCUCUGAACCCAAACCACCCCUCUGUGAUGGGGCCUUCUGCUCAGGCGGCACCAGCUCCCCCUGUGGACCUCUCCCUACCCUCUGCCUCCACGCUCCCUGUCAGACCUUCCUGGAGGGAAACUCCCUCCCCAGGCAGCCUCAUCCACCAGCGGGAGCCCGGAGACAGAUAGGGGUCCCAGGCAGGGCCUCCAUGCGCCCCAGGGAGAAAGAAGGCUUGGACUCCUGCCAGCUUGGGGCAAGUGGGUGGCUCCUGGCACCUCACUCUCGGGGGAGAAGCCUGCAGGAAUGAGAGGAAUGAGGAAGGAGGCUGAGACAGGCAGAUACAGGCAGGGCACAGACUCAGUGAAACAGCCAGGCUUGGGGUGAGGGACCUUAGAAAUAUGUAGGAUUUUUUUUGGCCGGGUACUGGGGAUCAAACUCAGGAUCUUGUGCUUUUGAGGCAGGUGGUGGAACCACUGAGCUAAAUCCCCGGCCCCUGAGACCUUAGGAAUAGAACAGAAAGGUCAGAGGGCCAAAGCAAAGCCACAGGGGUAGAAAGCAGAGCCAGUGCAGGCCUAGGAGCCAGACAGACCUGGUCCAAAAAUCCCUGUCCUGCCGAUGUUGGCCGUGGCCCAGGGAAAACGACCAACCUUUCUGGGGUAUUUCUCUAUCUAUAAAAUGGGUGCAUAUGAGGCCCCAACUGAUGGAUUGCCAGAGGACUGAAAGAAAGCAUCAAGCCCACAGGACCCAGUGAGGUGGGCGGCAGUCAGUGUAAGAGCCCUGCACAGUGCCAGACAGACUGGAGAGGAACAGCCCCGACACCGCCUCUGACCCCCCACCCGCUGCACAGGGCAGCGCAGGGCUGGCGCCUUUGUGUAGAAGCAGAGCGGGGUGGCAGGUGAGGAGGUGUGCCCAGCUGGAGCGCCACACCCCACCGGCCAGGCGGCUCAGAGUGAGCCGUGCACUCACGCCCAAGGAACUUGGAGGCCUGCCUCGUGGAAUUCCUGCGGAGGUCCGGAAGGCAGUGCCCCUCUCCCGAGGCUGAGCUGUUACAGAGACAGAAAGCCAGGGAGACAUUGGAAUCGAGAGCCUCUGGCAGCUGCCUGCCUGGGAUCCCAGCUCUGACACCACGGACCGCCUGGCCUUGGCGGGCUUCUCCCCUCCCGUGCCCACUGCUCCUCUGUGGAGUGGACAGCAGUGCCCAACAACUACCACUGUGGACGCCAACGUGAGCUGAAAAUGAAAUGAUCCUGCAGACUGCUGGCGCCCUGCCUGUCCCAGCCCAGUGACGGUUCCAAUCCUGAGUACUGGGAUCCCCCAGGACGCUUGUGGCUCCCACACCCCCGCUGGGGCCCCGGAUUGCCUGAGUUCCUUGGGCCUCACCGGGUGAGUUACCCAGGACUUGGAGGGUGGGAGAGGCACAGGGCCGGCCUGUAGGGUGAGGCAGGAGCCUCCGUGGGGGGCAGCGGCUCUGCCUCCCUGUCCCUGGGGGCUGUUGGAGCUUGGCUGUGGAGCGCAGAGGCGCUCUGAGGAUGAGAGGGUGAAGUUUCGCACUGGCGGAUUAGGGGCCAGCGGGGUGGGGGUAGCAGCGGAGACAGGGUUAAGGUAGGGAGACCUGCAGGGGCCAGGGGCCGGGAGAGUGUGGGUGUGGGUGUGGGUGGGGUGUGGGGUGGGCCGCCGGCAUUCCAGAGAUGCUCAGCGGGGUUAGGGGCCAGCAGCGGCGACCUUUCAGCUUCUCUGGAAAAAUUACAAGCAGAUGUGGGCGCCUCAGGGAGGCUUAGCCGGGUGGGCUUCAGGAACACCGGCUCCGGACCAGCCCAGAGGUGGAGUCCUCGAGGUCCUGACCCUCCUCCCACCCUCGAAGUGAGGCCAGGCAGAUGGAGGGGAGCAGACCUCCGAGGGUGAUGGCCGAGGGCCGGUGCAGAGCGUGCUGAGAAUGUUACAGCACGCUGCUGGGCUUGGCCUCGGCGAAGGGUAGGUGGCCGUUUCCCCUGCCUGCUUCCUUCCACGCAGUCGGGAAGAGAUGGGCACACUCGUCCUCAGCCCCACACGAGCCAGCUCCGGCCUCAUCAUCCCUGAGGCACCCGGGCCCAGCCCCACUCCCACCCUGAGUGGGAGCCCGGGCAGCAGUCUUCAGAGUGGCCCUGGCUUCUGCCUGCACAUCAGUGACAGGGAGCUCUCGCCUGAGGAAGCGGGUUCUAUCGGUGCUGCCCUGAAGGUCCUGAGCCAGAGGCUGCCCCUCAGAACCCCCUCAUUAGCUGCAGUUUCAUGGUGCCCUGAUGCAGGCAUUCGGCUGCUCUAGGUGCACACGGGCUGGGGCUGGGCACUCAGAGAUAAAGGGGCCCUGGGUCCUUGCUCCUGGAGACUGAGGCGGGGACAGGCCCCAGAGCAGUGGUGUGCUGCUGAGUGGUGCUGGGCUCCAGGAGACACAAGUGGGCAGUGGGGUGUGGAGCACAGCGGGCGAAGACUGGGGCCCUUGCGCCAGGCCCCGAUGGAUGCAGAUGUGUGCUCUGGAAAGAAGGAGGACUGGGGGCGGGUCUGAGCCACCGUGAGCAACCCAGAGGCAGAGCCCUUCCCCUGCUCGGAGUGAGGUGGGAUCCAGAGCUGUGGGAGCCCCCUCUUCUGCACACCCACUGCCCAGAUCUCUGCGGACGCUGCACUCCUGGGCACCUGGCCCUGUAGCAGGCUCCUGCAAUGUUGCCACCUCUGGGUCCCCUCCUUCUCCUGGCCCUAGACCUGGGGCUGACCAGAACUCUCAACUCUAACGAUCCCAACGCCUGCAGCUUCUGGGAGAGCUUUACCACGACCACCAAGGAGUCACACUCCCGGCCCUUCAGUCUGCCCCCAUCGGAGCCCUGCGACAAGCCCUUGGCCGGCCUCCAUAGCUGCCCCCGGCCCACGGUCUUCUACCGGACCGUGUACCGCCAAGUGGUGAAGACAGACUAUCGCUCGCGCCUGCGCUGCUGCCAGGGCUUCUACGAGAGUAGCGGGACAUGCAUCCCCGUCUGUGCCCAGGAGUGUGUCCAUGGCCGCUGCGUGGCGCCCAAUCAGUGCCGGUGUGUGGCAGGAUGGCGGGGCAAUGACUGCUCCAGCGCCUGUGCCCCCGAAAUGUGGGGCCUGCAGUGUGACCAGCCUUGCCACUGCGGCAACAGCAGCUCAUGUGAUCCUGUGAGCGGGGCGUGUUCCUGCCCCUCUGGCCUGCAGCCUCCCAACUGCCUUCAGCCCUGUACCCCUGGCCACUAUGGCCCCGCCUGCCAAUUCCAAUGCCAGUGCCACGGGGCACCCUGUGACCCCCAGACUGGAGCUUGCUUCUGUCCCCCAGGGAGGACGGGGCCCAGCUGUGAUGUGUCCUGUCCCCAGGGCACUGCUGGCAUCCUGUGCCCUACCACCUACCCUUGCCAAAAUGGGGGUGUCUUCCAGGCCAGCCAGGGCUCCUGCAGCUGUCCUCCUGGCUGGAUGGGCACUAUUUGCUCCCUGCCCUGCCCAGAGGGCCUCCAUGGACCCAACUGCUCCCAGGAAUGUCGCUGCCACAACGGUGGCCUCUGUGACCGACUCUCUGGGCAGUGCCGCUGUGCCCCCGGCUACACAGGCGAUCGGUGCCGCGAGGAGUGCCCGGUGGGCAGCUUCGGGCAGGACUGUAACGGGACGUGUGACUGUGCCCCGGGUGCGCGCUGCUUCCCCGCCAACGGCGCGUGUUUGUGCGAACACGGCUUCACUGGGCACCGCUGCGCCGAGCGCCUCUGUCCCGACGGCCUCUACGGCCUCAGCUGCCAGGCGGACUGCGCCUGCGAUCCGGAGCACAGCCUCAGCUGCCACCCGAUGCACGGCGAGUGCGCGUGCCGGCCGGGCUGGGCGGGCCUGCACUGCAACGAGAGCUGCCCGCAGGACACGCACGGCCCGGGCUGCCAGGAACAUUGCCUGUGCCUGCACGGCGGCGAGUGCCUGGCAGACAGCGGCCUCUGCCGGUGCGGGCCCGGCUACACGGGGCCCCACUGCGCCAGCCCGUGUCCCCCCGACACAUACGGGCUCAAUUGCUCCGGGCGCUGCUCGUGCGAAAACGCCCUCUCCUGCUCGCCCGUCGACGGCUCUUGCGUCUGCAAGGAGGGUUGGCAGCGUGGUAACUGCUCUGUGCCCUGCCCACCCGGAACCUGGGGCUUCGGUUGCAAUGCCAGUUGCCAGUGUGCCAACGAAGGAGUCUGCAGCCCCCAAACUGGAGCCUGUACCUGCACCCCUGGGUGGCAUGGGGCCCACUGCCAGCUACCCUGCCCGAAGGGGCAGUUUGGUAAAGGUUGUGCUGCUCGCUGUGACUGUGACCACGCUCAUGGCUGUGACCCUGUUCAUGGACACUGCCAGUGCCAGGCCGGCUGGACAGGCGCCCACUGCCACCUGCCCUGCCCUGAGGGCUUCUGGGGAGUCAACUGCAGCAACGCCUGCACCUGCAAGAAUGGGGGCACCUGCUUCCCCGAGAAUGGCAACUGUGUGUGUGCACCUGGCUUCCGGGGUCCCUCCUGCCAGAGACCUUGCCAGCCUGGCCGCUAUGGCAAACGCUGCAUGCCCUGCAAGUGCAAUAACCACUCUUCCUGCCACCCUGUGGAUGGGACCUGCUACUGCCUGGCUGGCUGGACAGGCCCUGACUGCUCCCAACCAUGCCCCUCAGGCCAGUGGGGGGCUAACUGUGCCCAGCCCUGCCAGUGUCACCAUGGCGGGACCUGCCACCCCCAGGACGGGAGCUGCAUCUGUACCCCAGGUUGGACUGGACAGCAUUGCUUGGAAGGCUGCCCUCCGGGGAUGUUUGGUGCCAACUGCUCCCAGCCAUGCCAGUGUGGUCCUGGAGAGAAGUGCCACCCGGAGAGCGGGGGCUGUGUGUGUCCCCCAGGGUACAGUGGUGCCCCCUGCAUGAUUGGAAGCCAGGAACCCUUCACCAUGACACCUACCUCGCCAGUGGCUUAUAACUCACUGGGCGCGGUGAUUGGCAUCGCAGUGCUGGGGUCCCUGGUUGUGGCCCUGAUAGCCCUCUUCAUUGGCUACCGCCAUUGGCAAAAGGGCAAGGAGCACCAGCACUUAGCCGUGGCUUACAGCAGUGGGCGGCUGGAUGGCUCAGAGUAUGUCAUGCCAGAUGUCCCUCCGAGCUACAGUCACUACUACUCCAACCCCAGCUACCACACCCUGUCACAGUGCUCCCCCAGCCCCCCGCCCCCUAACAAGGUUCCAGGCAGUCCACUCUUUGCCAGCCUCCAGGCGCCCGAGAGGCCAGGUGGAGCCCACAGGCACGACAACCUUGCCACCUUGCCUGCUGACUGGAAGCACCGCCAGGAGAGGCCUCCAGGUGGCAGCCAACUGGACCGAAGCUACAGCUAUAGCUACAGGCAUGGAAACGGUCCAGGCCCGAUCUCCAAUAAAGGGAACGUCUCUGAAGAGGGGCUGGGGGCCAGCUUGGCUUCCCUGAGCAGUGAGAACCCAUACGCCACCAUCCGAGACCUGCCCAGCCUGCCAGGCGGCCCCCGGGAGAGCAGCUACGUGGAGAUGAAAGGCCCUCCCUCAGCUUCUCCCCCAAGGCAGUGCCAGCGCAGGGACAGCCAGCAGCGGUGGCAGCCACAGCCACAGCGGGACAGUGGCACCUACGAGCAGCCCAGCCCCCUGACCCAUGAUCGAGACUCCGUGGCCUCCCAGCCCCCUCUUCCUCCAGGUCUGCCCCCUGGCCACUAUGACUCACCCAAGAACAGCCACAUCCCCGGACACUAUGACUUACCUCCAGUACGGCAUCCCCCGUCACCCCCACUUCGGCACCAGGACCGCUGAGGAGCCGAGAUGGUGUGGCAGAGGCCAGCACGCAGGCCCUUGCUGCCCAAGCCGGGGACAGAGCUUUGUGUACACUGCCAGGCAUGGGGAGAGGAUGGCAGGCCGCGACAUGAACACGUUUACCGAAGGCAGUGAUGGAGAGCUAGCUAGGAGCCUCGCUCCAUCAGCGUCAGGGAGACAGUGCUUGGCAGGAUGCCUGCUUCCCUUUCUCGGACCUGCUGUUCCCCAAGGGCCCCAGGGCCCUGUGUACAUAGACUGGUGGGUGAAUGCUGCUGGAUGACUCUGAUUUCAGAUUGACCUUUAAAAUACGUAAUGGGUAUCUUUUCUGUGCACGCCCUGCAGGGCGCUGUGUGUGUGUGUGUGUGUGUGUGUGCGCGCCCACGUGUGCACGCGAGGGCAGGUCCUGGCCUCAGGCACUCACCAUUUAGCCAGGGAGCAGCUGACCCAAUUAGCUCUAGCAAUGGGCCCUCCCUGGCCUCCUGCAUUCAGUGCUACUCUAUGCACUGCUCAGACACCCGGGGCGGGGGGGGGGGAUGGCUUGCCAAAAAGGCUUCCUGUCCUCCUGGAUGCCCCCGGGCCAGAGUCAGAAGCCCCAAAGGCCUCCGAAGCCCCAAGGCCUGGCCUGUUGGUCUCUCUGUGUCCUGUAGUACUCUGUUCUGGUCACACUGGCACCCAGGUCCUGCUGCCCGCCACACUUCCUCCUCCCAGGGGCUUGCAAGCCACAGUGCUCCUCCUGUCACCUAUGGGCCGGGUGUCCCUCCUGCACGCUUGACAUCCCUACCCAAGGCCAGCGGGGGCCAAGCACCACUGUGAUUUCUUAUUCCCUCUUGUGGUCACAGCGUUGUUGUCCGCCUCUCCACUAGACUGGACGCUUCCUGAAGGCAGGACUCCUGUGUUUAUGCUCAGUAUUAUUUACCUUUGGCACUCAAUAAAUGCUUCCCAAAAGGC